GAUCUUCAAUACGGUCCCCCAGUAAGUGCUUACUUCAAUGUGAGGUUUCCAAUGCGCAUAAAGCUUCAAAUAAUUGCGUUCUUGUUGUGGGCUCUGUUGUUGCUGGGAUUCGCAGCCGAGGAAACAGGGCUGAUCCAACAGUUUCUGAAAGCGAUAGGUGGAGAAUUCCUGAAGGUUUUCAUUGUACUGAGGAUAUGAUUACUCGAUCAUUAUGGGAAGCAAUCAACACAGAGCAACCCAAUUUGGAAGAAGUACAGAUAGCAAAAUCAGUUCCACGUGUUUGUUUCUUAUCUGGUCUAACUGGGGAGGAAAUGAUGAUGCUUAUAGAAGAAUUUCCAGAAAUUGAAAGAUAUAACUUAAGUAUAAUUGAUAACUGCUGGUAUGCUUCCAUUACAAAACUGUACAAGAUUACCCGAAGAAAACUGUUGAACGCAGGACUGGAACCUGUGGUAUUUGCUGCUCUUGUUCCUAACAGUGCAGAUAAGCUGUUACAAGAGGUGGUUGAAGAGGUUAUCGGGGACCAUGAAAUGAUGUGCAGAUUGCACAACAAUCAGACUCAACAUAGGCAGAUUCAGUUAGAAAGGGUAAAGACAUCCAAUGCAUACCUUUGUUCAGUACCUGAAUUUUGACAGUCGAAGUUGGCAAUGGAGAUGCAAGAUUUUGUUCUGACUUCUGAAACAAGGUUGCCAACUAUAGCUAAAGAAAAGUUAGAAUGGCAAACACUCCCAAUAAUAAAAUUACAUGCUGACAAUUUGCUGCAGACAUUUAAGACAUGUAUUCCAACUAUUCCCCUCCUACUGCAGUCGCCAGGAUUACAUUUGUCAGCUAGAUAAAUAUCCAAACAUCAUAUUUGGAGAUCUGUUCAUAAACGUACAGUGAUGCAUUAAGCUGAAAGGUCAAAUAUUACUUUAUGGUUCCUCUC